AUGCCGGUCAGAAAAAGACAUACCAGAAAUGGCUCCGAGAAUUAUGACGCUGAUGAUGAAAAAUCGAUGUCUUCGAGUACCAAGAAAUUGAUCGUCACUAAACCGAAGACUUCUGAAUCGAUCAUUGUGAAUUCCCCAUUAUACGGGUUUCUAUCUCCUUUCAAAUCGGCAAAAAGCCAAUGGAUGGUGAAGUAUAUCGUUAUACUAUUUGCCUUGAUCAUCAGGAUCGUGGUGUCGUUUGGCCCGUACUCGGGAGAACAUGUGGCCCCAAGAUUUGGCGAUUUCGAGGCUCAACGUCACUGGCUUGAUUUGACUGUGAAUCUACCAAUUUCCCAAUGGUAUUACUACAAUCUUGAGCAUUGGGGGCUCGAUUAUCCUCCAUUGACUGCGUACCAUUCGUUAUUAUUGGGUUACAUUGGCUGGUUCAUUAGACCUGAAUGGUUCCAGUUGGACGCUACCGAUGGGUUGGAAAAUGAGGAAUUGAAAUUCUUCAUGCGAUUCACGGUUAUUGUCUCGGAAUCCUUACUUUACAUUCCUGCCGUUUACUAUUAUACUAAAUGGUUCAACAAGAAUAUGGAUAUUUUGAACAAGAAGUCGUCAUUGAAUCAGGUAUUGUCCAUCGCCGUGCUUCUAUUCCAACCAACGUUGAUUCUCAUUGACCAUGGGCAUUUCCAAUACAAUUGCGUCAUGUUGGGUUUUGCAUUAUUAUCUUUGGACGCUAUGUUGAAUGAUCAUUUGAUGUUGGCGUCGAUUUUCUUUGUAUUUUCCUUGACCUUCAAACAAAUGGGUCUAUUCUACGCUCCCCUUGUGUUUGCUUACCUUUUAGGGGUCACAUUCAACCCAUUCAACGAACUUUUAUACAAUAUUGGGGUCUUCAAGUCUCGUAGAGCUAAUAAAUUCGAUUUUGUCAAUCUAUUCUUGAUUGCUUUGGCCACGGUUGGAUCUUUCAUCGUGGUAUUUGCUCCUUUAUACAUUUUUGCAGACGACGGCCAAGGAUUUGCUAAUUUGAAACAAUCAAUCUUGAGAAUCUUCCCAUUCAAUAGAGGUAUCUUUGAGGACAAAGUCGCCAACUUCUGGUGCACCACAAAUACCUUGGUAAAAUAUAAGAACUUGCCCGUGGAUUUGUUGAAGUUGAGUGCGUUAGGUUUCACAGUCUUAUCGAUCUUGCCUGCUUGUAUUGCAAUUUAUUUUAACCCUAUCAAAUCACUAUUGCCUUGGGCUUUGGCUUCUACCUCUUGGGGCUUCUUUUUGUUUUCAUUCCAGGUUCACGAAAAAUCAGUGUUGCUCCCAUUGCUACCAACAAACCUUUUGUUUUGUUAUGUCAAUGACGAUGAACUAUUCCAACUCUUAUCAUGGAUCAACAAUAUUGCCUUAUUUAGUUUAGGACCUUUGUUGAAGAGAGAUAAGUUAGAUUUACAGUUCUAUACAUUGACUUUGUUGUCAAAUUGGUUGGUGGGUAACUUGACACCCGAAUCUUUAUUGAAUAAUUUAAGAUCGCUUUUCAAAUCUUUUUUCUCUGUUGCUUGGUUCACUAAUUGGAUAAUCUUUGGGUCAACUAUUGGUGCAAUUGUGCUAGACUUGGUGCCUUAUUUUGUCGAAGCACCAGCAAACUUGCCAGAUCUUUGGGUCGUUGGUAAUAUCACCUUAAGUUUUAUUUGUUUCUCGAUAUUUUAUCUUUAUAUAACAUACAAGACUUGUGCUUUGGCUAUAAGCUCCUAA